CGCCGCCGCAGCAGGGGAACAUUGGAAGUAGAGCAGGAGCAGAAGCAGUAGCAGCUGCACGCGGCGCGCGCGCCACGGACUAUCGCGUCUCGUCUGGCCCACCCAAAAUUGACGGCACCCAGCAGCUCCCACCAUCAUCACCGGCUUCAUCAGCAGCCAUCGACACGGCCACCGCCCCAUGAAGCACUGGCUCGAAUCGCUGCUGCCGCCGCCGCCCCCGAGAUGCAUAUAAUCAAGCCAUCGUGGCUGAGCCACAGCGGCGAGCAAAAGGACUUUGAGGUGUACAGCUGCCACGUCUCCCCGGAUGGCAAGCGCCUGGCCACAGCCGGCGGCGACGGCCAUGUGCGCAUCUGGUCCACCGAGUCCAUCUACAACGCCAACGAUGCAUCCUACACCAAGCCCCGUCAGCUCUGCCACAUGAGCCAUCACCUCGGCACCAUCCACUCCGUGCGCUUCUCUCCCAAUGGCCGCUACCUCGCCAGCGGCGCCGACGACAAACUCAUCUGCGUCUACCAUCUCGACAAGUCGGCGCCUGCCACCACCGCCGCCUUUGGCACAAACGAGCCGCCCCCCGUCGAGAACUGGAAGACGUACAAGCGCCUGAUUGGCCACGAGAAUGAUGUUCAAGACCUCGCCUGGUCUCCCGACUCGUCGCUUCUCAUCUCCGUCGGCCUCGACUCCAAGGUAGUCGUCUGGUCCGGACACACCUUCGAGAAGCUCAAGUCGAUACCCGCGCACCAGAGCCACGUCAAGGGCAUCACCUUUGACCCGGCCAACAAGUUCUUUGCGACAGCAAGCGACGACCGCACCAUCAAGAUCUUUCGAUUCACCCCGCCCGCUCCCAAUGCGACGCAACACGACAUGGUUAACAACUUCGUCCUCGAGGCCACCAUCAGCUCGCCGUUCAAGAGCUCUCCUCUUACCACAUACUUUCGACGAUGCUCUUGGUCGCCCGACGGGAAUCACAUCGCUGCUGCGAAUGCGGUCAACGGGCCUGUCAGCUCGGUCGCAAUUAUCGAGCGCACGCGCUGGGACAGCGAGAUCAAUCUGAUCGGACAUGAGGCUCCCACCGAGGUCUGCAUGUUCUCCCCUCGUCUGUUCCAUACAGUCAAGCCGGAGCAGAACGGCGUAGCCAAUGGCCACGGCGGCCAGCUUGUUACGGUCAUCGCGUCUGCCGGCCAGGACAAGACGCUCAGUAUAUGGAACACCAACACGUCUCGUCCCGUGGUCAUCCUGCAGGACCUGACGGGGAAGUCGAUAGUCGAUAUUGCAUGGACACCCGAUGGUCAGUCCUUGUACGCCUGCAGCCUCGAUGGGGGGAUCGUGGCCGUCAAAUUUGACGAGGGCGAGCUCGGCUGGGUAGCUCAGACAGAGGAAAACGUGAAGGCACUGCAAAAGUAUGGCGCAUCGAGGAAAGGCAUGGGAAUUGCCGAGGAUGUGGAUGGUCUCAUGCUCGAGUCGCAUAGCAAGGCCGGAGAGUCAAGAGCCGUCGAGUCGAGGAUGGGCGCGUUGAUGGGAGACUUUCAAUCCGACACCAAGGAAUCGACUCCGGCGACGAAUGGUACCAAGUCGGGCACACCCUCAGCCAAGCCCGCACCGGCUGCCAACGGCGACGGCGACGCGCAAAAGCCGGCAGAGGAAGGCGCGGAUAAGACCGCAGAGCGCGUGAAGGAGCUCAAAUCGAGGGUGACGGUUGGCAAGGAUGGCAAGAAGAGGGUUGCCCCGCUGCUUGUCUCUUCCUCGGGAACGGGCGAGUCAUCAUUACCACAAACGCAGCUGGUAGGCUCAACGACUCACAAGGCGACACAAAACGACGCGCCGCAAACAGUACUCGACAUGACGAAGCCGUUCGAUGGACUGCCGACGGGCGGUAUUACAUCUAUGCUGCUUGGCAACAAGAGGAAAGUUGCCCUAGUAGACGGCGAGGAGGAGGAAGAAGUGAUAUCAAAGCGAGCGGCGACGGGACCGACGCCCAUCGUCACCGAUGGCCCGAACGGCGUCGAACCUGCGACGCUCACGUCUGUCCGAAGCGGAGUCGUCCCGACGCCAGAGUUUUUGCGACCGGCGGUUCUCAAUCCAGCUAUAUCCUUUGCCCAAGUCCGACUGGCUGUGCCCAAGAUCCGAUCUCAUAUUCUCCGACCUCUGGACCGCGGCAUCCUGCAACCCGACACCUCUCUGGACGAUGCAUCGAAGAGCCCUGAGAACAUCAUCAUGGAAGCGAAGAACGACCCCAGCCCCCGAGACCCAUCACACGUUCUCGUCACGAAACGGGGUGCGUUGGUGUGGCAGGAGUGGCUGCCGAGGGCCAUUAUCCUGGUCACGGCCAACAAGAACUUCUGGGCCGUGGCUUGCGAGGAUGGAUCGAUACACGUCUGGAGUCCUGCUGGACGACGACUGCUCAAUCCCAUAAUACUCGAGUCGCAGCCUGUGAUCUUUGAAUGCCGCAACCACUGGUUGCUCUGCAUUACCGCCGUCGGCCUGGCACACGUUUGGGAUCUCAAGACACAGUCGGCGCCUAGUCCACCAGUGUCUCUCGGCCCUAUCCUCGACAUCGCAUCGACGUCUCUAAACCAACACAGCGCUACGCAAGGCCCUGGCGUGACUUCGGCUCACCUCAACUCGACAGGUCAUAUUGUCGUUACGCUGAGCAACGGCGAUGGUUUCUACUACGCCAGAGAAAUGUAUACCUGGCAGCGUUUGAGUGAAGCCUGGUGGGCCGUAGGCUCGCAGUACUGGAACUCCAACGACUCGUCCAUUUCGGCACUCCAGUCGACUGCGGUCGGGCCUGCGGAGGGCAAGCUCAAAAGGGCAGACGGUGCAACUGUGUCGUCCGGCAUCAUUCCAUUCUUGGAGCGGCAUACGACCAAUGAGUUUCUGCUCAAGGGCCGGGCGUACGCCCUGCAGCGCAUCAUCAAGACCGUCAUCCAGCGGAAGGAAGCCGAGGAGCUUGAGAGCACAAUCAGCAUCGCGCAUCUGGAGAAUCGGGUCGCAGGUGCCCUACAGCUUGAGGCGAAGGAAGAGUUCCGGCUAUACCUCUUCAUGUACGCAAAGCGACUCGGAGCGGAAGGCACGCGCACCAAGGUGGAGGAGCUGCUCAACAGCUUGAUGGGAGGCAUCCUCCGCGAUAAGACAGAUGACAAGGAACUAGGGCGAGGCUGGUACAGCAAGGGCGGCGAAAUAUGCGGCUGGGACCGCAAAGAGUUGCUUAAGGGUGUGGUUCUGAUCCUUGGCAAAUUCCGAGAAUUGCAGCGAUUGACUUCGCAGUACGCGAGGGUCUUGGACCUUGACCUCGAGGACGGCACCGUCGAUGUCGACUCCAUGGACGUGGAAGCGUGAUGACGCGCUUCAAUCCAGCUCCACGGUCAGCCCGCUACAAAGCUGGGCUCCGACAAGGAAGCUAUGAAUGUACUGUAUCUUGUAGACGGGGAAAGGGGCUCGGGACUGCGCCUGAAGGCGGUCGUAUGGCGUUUGGGAGGUCAAUUGAGGCUCUGGCGCAGCGGCGACGGCGUUUCUGGACGGCGGGAGACCUUGGGAAACGGGACUGCGAAGUUUUAGGCGACGUACUGGCACUGUUUGUUACAUACUUAUUGAGGUUUAUGCCUUGCAGCAAAG